AGACAAACAGUGACGUAGAACUCUGCGCCGGGACAAGUUUGAAAAUAAACGUGAAACUUUUCUACCUGAAACAUUUACCAUCAUUUUUUAUGUAGUUGAGCAUAUUUUGUCGAUUCAAGUUUAUUUUCCACAUAUGCCAAUAAGAGAUAAUCGUCACAGAGAAACAAAAGUCGUGUUCAGGCAGCCAUGGCGGGCUCAGAUGAUGAUGCUGCCCUGAGUGCUGUACUGUCCUCUGCUUUGGCCAGCGCUGUGUCCUCUGCCAUGGCUGUGGCUCUGGCCAAUGACGCCAGGACGGAGAUCUCCAGCCUUAUCGACCACUGGGAGGACAUUCAGAGGGGCUCUACAGAGGAACUGGUCUCCACACUCACCAAAAUGUCUGAAGUGAUUGAACAAGAGACAAGAGAAUAUCACAAGGGGGACCCUGAUCCAUUUGAUGACCGACACCCAGGGCGGGCAGAUCCAAAUUGCAUGUUAGGGCGACUACUAAAAACCAUCUUUGCAAAUGAGGAUCUAACUAAUGCACUGUUGGACACAUACAUCUUAAACAGCACAGAACACAGUCUGAACACAGCAGCCUGUCGACUUCUUCAGAACAUUGUCCCGGGUUUAGAAACAACUGCUGUCUUUCAAGAGAAGGAGGGCCUGGUAGAGAAGUUGUUCACAUGGGCCCGUGAAGCAGAGAGGCCCCUGUGUGUCUAUGCCACUGGACUGCUGGCUCGAGCCAUGAGCAGUCAGGAGGUGGCAGCCAGCUACAGAGAGGAGAACUCUCAUCUGGUUCCUCUAAUGAUCAGCCGCCUGCGCAAUCUACAGAGAGAAGAGGCCAACAACCAAAUACCGCAAUCCAACGAUCUACCUCCAAACUCUGUGGCCGAAGACCCACAGACCUCAUCAGUCCAGACACAAGCUGUGAAAGAGGAAAACAAUGGAAAAUCCAACAAUAUCUUCAGUUCCCCGCAGAAAAAUUCCAGCAGCAGCGGAGUGAAUAACUGUACAGUCUCAGACCAACUAUUCCCGAACUCUGUGAAUGAAACAAGUUCAGACAUGCCAGCAACUGAGAGAAAAUGCUUUGUAAAAGGAAAAAGGAAGCUCAAACGGAAGCUAAAUUAUAACUCAUCUGAGCGCGAAGAAGAGACGGAGAGGAGGGAGGAGGGGGAGCAGUCCACCAAUGGCGCUUCCUGGUCUGAAAUGAGCUCCAUGGUGAUUGGCUCAGAGUACAGCCUCUCACCUUUGACUCCCGCGAUGGAACAGAGGUUGAUCUUGCAGUAUCUGACGCCAUUGGGUGACUACCAAGAGUUACUGGCCGUCUUCAUGCAGAUGGAAACACGGACGUUGCUCAUGAACUACAUAGAUCUCAGACAGACCAAGAAUGUUCAGCUCACCUUCGAUGCUUUGCUGUUCCUUGCCUCUCUCUUGCUCCAUAAGAAGUUUGCUGGUGAGUUCAUUCUGCAUGGAGGCGUCCAGAAACUGUUGGAGAUCCCACGGCCCUCGAUGGCAGCGACUGGAGUGUCUCUGUGCCUCUACUAUCUGGCAUACAACCAGGAUGCAAUGGAGAGGGUGUGCAUGCUUCCCGGUGGUGUGCUCUCGGAGGUGGUGUCAUAUGCGCUGUGGCUACUGGAGUCAUCCCACUCAUCUGGAGUCUGCCAUGCCACGAUGUUCUUUGCCAUCUCCUUCUCCUUCAGGGCAGCGCUGCACCUGUUUGACCAGAAGGAUGGUCUACGGCGCCUCGUCAACCUGAUCAGUACGCUGGAGAUUCUAAACUCUGAUAAUAAUUCAUCAGCAUUGACCGAUGACCAGGUGUUUGCAUGUCGACAAACAGCCAAACAAACGUCUAUGGCUCUGCGCAGGUACUUCGAGGCCCAUCUGGCAGUAAAGGUUGAACAAGUGAAGCAGCAGACAUCAGAUAUCGUUCCUCAACAGCCAUUUUACAAAGCCUACACACACACCAGAGAGCAGAUGGUGGAGUUGAUGGAGUUCCUGAUAGAGAGUGGACCUCCUCAGCUUCACUGGGAGCCUGUGGAGGUCUUCUACAAACUGUCGUGUGUACCUUUGAUGCUACAGCUCAUCUCUGCUGCGUGUGACUGGAGGAACUACAAUGGCAGGGGCGAUGUGGUGCGUUAUUUGCUGGACGUCUUGGCCAUUCUGACAGUGGUUCCCAAAGUGCAGCUGGUGCUGGCUGAGACGGUGGAUGUCCAGGAUGAGAACAGGUCCACUGUGGCCACUGUGGGCAUGAGCAUCAUUUUGGGAGUUGCAGAAGGCGAGGUGUUGAACGAUGCGGAAAUUCAGAAAUCUGCGUUACAGGUUAUCAUAAACUGUGUGUGUGCUCCAGACCAAAGUCAUGCAGUCGGGGCAUUUCCCAUAAGCCCCCUCAGACCCUCUGUCCUCCAGCACCUCGACUCCCCCCACAACAGGGUACUAGCCCAUAUGUGGCAGGUGGUCCAGAACAACAACGGAAUAAAGGUGUUGCUCUCUCUGCUGUCUGUAAAAGUGCCCAUAACAGACGCAGACCUGAUUCGAACUCUGGCCUGCAAAGCUUUGGUGGGACUCUCUCGCAGCUCAGCGAUCCGGCAGAUUAUAGGCAAACUGCCCCUCUUCUCCAGUGGACAGAUACAGCAGCUAAUGAAGGAGCCAGUGCUGCAGGACAAACGCAGUGAGCAUGUUCGUUUCUGCCGCUAUGCUGCUGAGCUGACAGAGAGGAUCUCAGGAAAGCCCCUCCUCAUGGGCACCGACGUGUCCCUGUCCCGCCUGCAGAGGGCCAAUGUGGUGGCCCAGACUCGCAUCGCCUUUUCAGAGAAAGAACUGCUCGUGCUUAUCCGGAAUCACCUAAUGAACAAAGGUCUGCAUGACACGGCCAACCUGCUGGUGAAAGAAGCCAAUCUCAACCUAGGACUCCUCUGCCCAAAUGCCCCCGCAUUUACCCCAACAUCUGUGUGCCCAGUGAUGCCAAGGACUCACAGGUUCUCCGACGGCCAUCUUGGAUCCUCUCCCUUAGUGACCCCGACCCUUCCUGCCCCCUCCACGCCCUGUUCCUCACGCUCCUCACAAGUGUCCCAUGCAGCAUCAUCUCAUCACCAGCACAACAGCACACCACAUUCUCAGGGGUCAUCCAGGGUCGGACGCAUUUUAUUUACCCGUGAGCGACUUAUGCCUCCAUGCACAUCAGGGAAGAAGCUCAAACCACUGAAGCAGAAAUCUGAUCAUGGAGCUUUUAUACAGACUCCAGCCAUGAAGAAGCAGUUUGAGCGGCACCUGCCCUCCCCUCCCACGCUGGACAGUAUCAUUACAGAGUAUCUAAGAGAACAACAUGCGCGCUGUCCCAACCCAGUCACCACCUGCCCCCCGUUCUCACUCUUUGCCCCUCACCGCUGCCCAGAGCCAAAGCAGCGUAGACAGGCCUCACCCAACUUCACAGCCCGCCUCGGGAGCAGGAUGCUAUAUCCCAAAUAUGGAGGAGUGGACAGAGGCUCCCUCGAUAGGCAUCUCAUAUUUAGCAGAUUUCGUCCCAUGUCUGUUUUCCAUGAAGGUCCUGGAGAUGAAAGCGACUUCACAUGUUGUGCCUUUUCGGCCCGAGAACGCUUCCUUAUGUUGGGGACGUGUUCGGGACACCUCAAAUUCUUCAACGUGUUCACAGGAGAGGAAGCUGCGAACUACACCUGCCACAACUCUGCCAUCACUCACCUCGAACCAUCCAGAGAUGGGAAGUUGCUGCUGACCUCUGCGUCUUGGAGUGUUCCUUUGUCUGCCCUCUGGAGUCUGGAUGGAGUCUUCACUCUCAAAAGCUCAUUUGUGAAUGACCACUACGUAGAGUUCAGUAAGCUCUCUCAGGACAGGGUCAUCGGCACUCAUGAUCACGUUGCCAAUAUUUAUGACAUCCAGACUGGACAGAUGAUCAGGACCCUGUAUGACCCUGCGCUCUCCAAUAACUAUAAGCGGAACUGUGCCACAUUUAACCCUUCUGAUGACCUGGUGCUAAACGACGGCGUGCUGUGGGACGUCCGUGCCUCCAACGCCAUUCAUAAGUUUGACAAGUUUAACACCAACAUCAGCGGUGUCUUCCAUCCCAGCGCCUUAGAAGUCAUCAUCAACACAGAGAUUUGGGACCUACGGACUUUUCAUUUGUUGCGCACUGUCCCAGCUUUAGACCAAUGUCGCCUUGUCUUCAACAGCAACGGCACAAUAAUAUACGGAGCCAUGCUCCAGGCCGAUGAUGACGAUGACUCCGUAGACCAGCAGAUGAAAAGUCCAUUUGGAUCCUCCUUCAGGACAUUUGAUGCUACAGACUACAAACCUAUUGCCACUGUGGAUGUGAAGAGGAACAUUUUUGACCUGUGCACUGACAGUAAAGAUUGCUAUGUAGCUAUUAUUGAGAAUCUGGAUGGCCUGAGUUUGGACACUGUUUGCCGAUUAUAUGAAGUCGGGCGACAGAAACUCGCUGAAGAGGGCGAUGAUGAGGAGGAGGAGGAGCAAGAUGCAGAUGACUCCUCUGACUCUUCUGAUGAUGAUGACGAUGAUGACAUAGACACUGACCCUCUGAUCGAAGAACUGGCCGGAGACGACAACCCAGAGAACGACGAACAGCCAGCAACCCCCACCGAGGAUGAGAUCGCUCGUCUCCUGGGAUAUGACGUAGAUGAGGAGGCUGAGGGGGGCAACAGGGAUAACGAGGAAAACGAGGAAGAUAAUGAUGAUGAUGAUGAAGAUGACAGUGAUGACUCCAACAACAACUCUGACUACAACCCUGACGCGAGCUCGUCAGAGGAAGAUGACAUUUACAACUGGCUAUAGGGUAAGCCAAAGGAAUCUCAACCUCCUCAGCACUUAAACUGGACUGACAACUAUUAUCAUAACUGAACCAAGCAGAAAGCUUUGACUGAAUUCAUAAGUUUGUCCAAUCCUAGUUCAUUACUCUCUGUUUGUAUUCUGAGAAGGGUCAAUACAGGUUUGAAAGAAAAUAUUUAAAUGUAUAUGCUGCAGUCCACAUGAGACGAUAAAGACGGUUCUACAAACAAACUGACAAACUGUUUGUACUGGGCAAUAACCAGGCAUGUUGUGAAUACAUGUGAAAUAUCUCUGUAUUUUCAUAUUAAGAGAUUCAAGUUAUGAAUAAAAAUCUCAGUUUGUAUCCUGUAUUUUAAAUUAGUCAUGGGGAUUAUGUAAAUAUUGAUUUCCAAUGUUUUACUUUCCUGUACAAGGUCUUGGCCCCACUUUUAUAAGUUUCAUAGUUUAUGUCAGUGGGCUUAAUCAUCACUUUUAGUUCAGAUCUGGACUAUAGCCAUACUGUACAUAAUACAUUGUUUAAUGUUGCCUGAACAUUAGAAUUUCAAUAGGAUGUUCAUAAUAUUUAUGAUGUUCUCUUCUGCCCUCUUUGCUUUACAGUCUGGUUGCCACAGUGAAUUGAAAUGCCUUUGUGUGCAUUAAAUUUGAUCAUUGGGGAUCAGUUUGAGAUGCCCUUCUCUGGGCGUUGUCUUUGGCUUGUAUUUGGGACAAGGUACAGUCUGAUGAAUUAUGCAAAACAGCUGGGAUGUGCAAAAAUAUAGGCCCCAAAAAUCUGGCAAGUUAAGUCCUAAAGUACAAUUCCACCUUGUCAAUCAUUUUCCACGUAUGAAAUUCCA